CGCCUCGGACGGGGCGGCCCCGGACGGGGCGGGACAAGGGGAGGAGCGUGUGCGGCGGCCCCGGAUGGCGGCGAUGGCGGAGUCGCUGUGGCGGACACCGCCGGGCCGCCUGGCCCCGCCGCACGUCUACUGCAUGGCCGGGGCGCUGGGCGCCGAGCUCCGCCGCCUCUCCGGCCGCUUCGGGCCCGACGCCGUGGCCGGGCUGGUGCCGCCCGUCGUGCGGCUGCUGGAGCUGCUGGAGGCGCUGGUGGCCCCCGAGGGGGAGGCGCCGGUACCGGCGGGCGGGCGGCAGGAAGCGGAGGGCCCGGAGCAGCGACUGUGGGAGGCCGAGCGCCGGGAGCACGCCCUGCGCAGCCGCCUGUCCCGCCUGGAGGAGCAGAACCAGCAGCUCCUGGGGCAGCUUGCGGAGAGCCAGUCCCAGGAAGACAACACGGCACGGAAGGAGCGGGAGGUGAUGCUGCGGCUCAAGGAGGUGGUGGACAAGCAGCGGGACGAGCUCCGUGCCCAGGCCCAUGAGAUCGUCUGCAAGAGCCGAGACACGGAGGCGCUGCAGGAACAACUGCACCGCUUCAUGGCCAUGAACGAGGAGCUGCGGCACAAGGUGGCCGUGGUGCAGGCACAGCUCAAGAGCACGCUGGAGAAGAAGUCGGACCUGGAGGCUGCGAUGCUGCAGACCCAGAGGGAAAUGAGCAGGAGGAGCAGGAACGCCUCCGAGAUCCAGCAGCCAAAGCCCAGCCUGGAGGAAGCACCAUCGCACACAGAGGAGCCGCAGCAUCAGGAUGCGGGCAGGAGCCCUGCUCACUGCUGCUUCUCCAAGGAAGAGCUGCAGCAGAUCCUGCAGGAGCGGAAUGAGCUCAAGACCAACCUGUUCUUAGUGCAGGAGGAGCUGGCUUAUUACCAGCGGGAGCUGCUGAAUGAGGAGAGGGUUCCCAGCUUCUUCUUGGAUGCGAUGAAGUCGACGAUCAAAAGGCAGAGGAAGAAAAUCAGAGCCAAAAUGCUGGGAACGACGGAGGAGUCGGAGAGCAGCGAUGAAGAUGAGGGCUCCUGGCUCCCAGCCCGUGGCACAGACUGUGUGGAUGCUCAUCCUCCCGAAUCCAAAAUUAGGAGCUUCUUCGGGCUGUGGUAUCAGGGCAGCAGCAAAGAUCCCCCCACAUCCAGCAGCUCCGGAGCCUGGGAAGUCAUUGACUCACUGGACACGCGGCUGGAGCUGGAGGAAAGCAGCGAUCCAGCAGCCAGCUCCCCCGACACAGCCACGCCACCCCUCUGAUCCCAUGGGAAUGGCCUCGCUGCAGCGCUUCCUGGCUUCCAUUCUCCUGGCGGCACACCAGCACUGGCUGCUUCCCCAUGCCAUGGUGAUGGUGAGGCCACAGUGUGGACAACCUACGGGGACACUUGGCCAUGGGUUUCCAGCCUGGAUCAGCACUUCCAGACAUCUCUGCCCAUCAGCCACCCUUUCACUGUGCCCAUGGCUUAACCUAUGGGGGUCUCCACUUCUCUGUGCCUGCAGCUCAGCACCAUGGGGGUCUGCACCCUCUUCCCAUCCACUCGUGCCUCCUUCCACCAAACACCUCUCCCAGAUCCUGCCCUGUGAGGGUAUUUUGAUGGGGUUCAUCCCUGCAAUGUGAAGGUGGAGUUGGGGUAUCACCACACAGCUGGAAGGGGUUGCACACACUGCACCGGGUGUCCGGGUGCUCCUGGCUCUGGGAGCAGCCGGGAUCAGCACCAUCAGUGCCACUCCUGUACCAUUUUGUACUGGGGCCUCUUCCUGCUGUUGCUGGGAACGGGAAGACAGGAACAAUCCUCAUGUUCACAGGGACGAGUCGGUCCCCUCGGGUCAGGUGCUUUAACUUUAGAACUGGAGUUGGAAAUAAAUCAGUCUUGUUUCUCCUCCGA